AUCAGAUUAACAACAUCAACACGCUUGCUAUCCAACUUUUUAAACUAACCAUUUAUAAUAAUUAUAUGUUGUUGUUUCUUUUUCAAUGUUACCUACUUACCUGUCAACAUCAUAAAUCUGCCUCUGCUCGUAAGCUGCAGUGAAUGUCAUUUAACUAAAAAAAACGUCCCAGCGGUGAAUGAAGGUAAAACUUGGGUUUUUUGUGAAUGGUGAUGGUGGCUGUUAAGAACUGAGUACUGCAUUCUCACAAAUGACAUGUGAGUGUCACAGAUUAUCUUGAUGGAAAUUGGCUUUUCUUGACAUCGGACAUAAUGUUUGUUCUCUCGGAGAUGAAAGACACAGUCCGAAUUCCUCCUUGGCUGUUUAAACUCGACACAAAAGAUGCUAUCAUUGAAACCCUCAACAAGAAGCUGGCAAACAAAGUGAUGUACAAUGUUGGAUUGUGUAUUGCACUGUGGGACAUUGAGAAGUUUGAAGACAGUUACAUAUUUCCCGGAGAUGGUGCAUCACAUACAAUAGUUCAUUUCCGAUACGUUGUGUUUCGGCCAUUUAUUGAUGAGAUUUUAAUUGGUAAAAUCAAAGGAAGUAGUAAGGAGGGAGUCAUGGUGUCGAUUGGUUUCUUUGAUGACAUAUUGAUCCCUGCAGAUUCCAUGCAGCAUCCAUCAAAGUUUGAUGAGCAAGAACAGCUGUGGUUCUGGGAGUAUCAGCUCGAAGAUGGCAACAAACACACUUUGUUCAUGGACAUUGGGGAACAGAUCAGAUUCCGCAUUGUUGACGAAAUGUUUACGGAUACCACGCCAUGUGGACCAGACGGUGGCAUGCCAGAGACUCCUGAAAUUGCCGUCCUUGACCCAGAGUCGCGCAAGUCCCCGUUCUCAUUAACAGGAUCUGUCAGUGAACCUGGUCUUGGACUUUUGUCAUGGUGGAAUACAUGAUAUAAAAACUGAAUCAAUGAUAUUUUAUUCCGACACUCACAAAAUUAGUAGAAGACUUCACCAGUAAUGGAGGUUGAAAUGGGUGAUGGAAAUCUUGGAUUAUCAAGAUAUUAAGAUAAUUUGGACAUUGAAGUACAAUUCUCAAACUACUUGACAUGUGGUAACUGGUAACCUGUGAUGUCGACUUACUUCCACAUGAAGGGGCGAGGCGUAGCCCAGUGGUACAGCGCUUGCUUGAUGCACGUUCAGUUUGGGAUCGAUCCUCAUCAGUGGGCCCAUUGCGCUAUUUCUCGCUCCAGCUAGUGCAUCACGACUGGUACAUCAA